UUUAUUUAUAAUAUCAUUAUAUAUAUGUAUAAUUUUUACAUCUGUAAUCUAACAUUGCUCCGUCUUAUAAAGAGAAUCAGGAUCACUCUACUAUUAGAAAAUAUCCAGAUGGGAACCACAUUAAUAAAAUUAAAUAAUGCUUUGUAAGCUUUCAUAUAUCUCAUUCUUUCCCACAUAUUAUACGGAAUUUAAGAAAGUAAUUUUUCUUAUAUACAGAAUUAAAAAUUUCCAUAUGCAUUUAAUUUCAAUAUCAAUUAAUCUGCAUAUUUAUUUCUGAAACGCAUUUCUGAACCACUCUGAAUGAAUUUUCUAAGAAUUCACGGUAAUUUCUUUUCGAUAUGAGCAACCUGAUAAAAAUCUCAAAAAUCUAAAGAGACGCUUCGAAGAUCGGCGGACCUCGGGGACCAGGUGCGUUCAUUCACUCGCUCGAUGUACAAUUGCUCGUUGCUUUCCAUUCUCCGGCGAAUCGGAUUCUUCAAGGGUCGAGGAUGCAAGGACGCGCGGCGUUAUCACGCGCCUCCUGCGCGCCAUAGUGUGAUAGGUAUAAAAUGACGAUGAGGCAGAUUUUCGGUUCUCUGUUGCGUCCGUGCCGCCGCGAUGCUGCCGACAACGCGUCGGCGUCGGAUCCUCGUCGCGAUAAUACUCUUGAAUCAUUGCCUGUCGUCGACGAACGCGUUCACCAAGCCCGAUGGCAAUCCCGACAUCGCGCUCGCAACGCCCGAGCUGGUGAGAAAAUAUGGAUAUCCUCUGGAGAUUCACGAUAUUUUCACGGAGGAUGGCUACGCUCUGCAACUGCACCGAAUACCGCAUGGUCGGGAUGAUAAGCAGGAAAUAAAAUCCAAGAUAAGAACGCCGAUACUCUUGGUACAUGGUCUGGCAGGGAGCUCCGCUGAUUGGGUCCUUAUGGGUCCUGGGAAAUCCUUAGCAUACAUAUUGGCUGAUGCGGGCUACGACGUGUGGCUUGGAAAUAAUAGAGGCAAUAUUUAUUCGAGAAAUCACACCUCAUUAUCGCCAGAAGAUCGAGCUUACUGGGAUUUCAGUUAUCACGAGCUCGGUAUCUACGAUCUUCCCGCGAAGAUCGAUUACAUUUCGCAAACGACGGGACGUGAGAGAAUUUUCUACAUCGGUCACUCGGAAGGCACCACGCAGUUCUGGGUGAUGGCGUCAGAAAAACCCGAGUACAAUUCAAGAAUCAUUCUGAUGAUUGGUCUGGCACCGGCGGCUUUCAGCGGUCACAUACGCGGACCGGUGACGAAACUCGCUAAAUUAACGUAUCUCGGUGUGUGGAUUGGCGAAACCUUCGGCUAUCCGGAAUUUCGUUCUCGGUCUGCUUGGGGGAAAUUCGUGUCGAAUUUGUUCUGUCAGAGUAUGGCAUCCACGCAAUUUAUUUGCAGCAACAUCCUAUUUCUGGUCGCCGGGUUCAGUCGCGCGGAAUUAAAUACGGAAUACCUGACAGUCAUCAUAGGCCACGUUCCCGCCGGUGCUUCCUGGAAACAAUUCGUGCAUUACGGUCAAGGAUAUAUCAAUACAGGGACCUUUAGACAAUAUGAUUACGGUAGUGUCGAUAAGAAUCUUCAAAUGUACAAUUCAACGGUACCGCCGGCUUACCAAUUGGAGAAGAUCACAGCGCCGAUUGCUCUCUUCAGUAGCGAUAACGACUGGCUGGCUACUACAAAGGACGUGAAACUUCUGUCUACGAAGCUCAACAGCGUCGUGUUUCAUCACAAGACUCCCUCGAACGCCACGUUCAAUCAUUACGACUUCAUGUGGGGAAAGUCCUCCGUGCAAAUGGUGUCCAGGCCUAUUCUGCGAUUGCUGGCUCAAUAUCAAUGAAGAGUCCUCGCUCGCAUUAAGAAUCGACGAGGCAAGGGAUCACAGAGACACCAGAAACAAAUGUGUAAUGAAUCGGUCUAAUUUAUUGUUGUUACUAUUAUUAUUAUAUAUAUAUGUAUGUAUAUAUAUAAUACGUUUUUUUGCGUUUACAUAUGCAAUCCACACUUGUCUAACUUGAUUUCUGCCGCGUCAGACGUCAGCAUGUCGCGGAACCACUCGCGGUCCACAAAACGCAAAAGUAAACUUCGCUUAUUAGUCUCCCGAUUAUUAAUAAUAUCGUCGCUCUAUGUACAUUUAUACAAACUCCCUGUCACGUAAUCAACCUGCGAUCUCGUCGAUCUGCAAUAAGAAACUACUAUCCGCGAUUGUAAACUCCACGAUGCGAUCGGCAUUGGAAUAAUACGCGUUUGGAAUAAUUAUAAACUUAUGCUGCCUCUCCUUCUCCUCUAAUCGCACUUGAGCAGCGCCCGAGAAAAGAUAUACCGCUAUCCGCUUGAAAAACUGACCCGCCGAAGAAGAGUACGCCUAGAGACUGGAAGAAUCAGACGUCCCAUCUUUCACGGCCGACGCUUUAAGCGAUUGAUCCUCUGAUUUUUAACGUCGCGCACAUCUCGUAAUUGAGAGUUAUAACGUAGUAUAUCUAUGCUAACUUACACCUUAAUCGUUUUUAGUAUAACUUGUUAAUUACUCGCACAUGGGAGUAUGAGAAUGAGCCAGCUCACAAAUUCCAGGAUCGAGUGCGACUUCGAGAUAACGACAACUUGAAUGAUGAAAGCAAAAUUUUCGCGCAAUCGUCGAAAGUUUUAUUCAACACAAAUGUGUCGUAAAGCUGUUAAUAAAUGCAAUUAUCUUUGCAAUUAACUCAGUUAAAAGCGUACGUAUGUGUCAAUCACUGCUAAAUAAUUUUUCAUUUAACGUCUGCAUUUAGGAGAAGAAAAAAAAAGAGAACAAAUCGAUCACGCCGCUGAUGCUGUCGCACAAGAGAUGCUUGAAAUCACUCGACAAACUGGUCAUAUACAAUGUAUAAUAAUGUACAUAGUUGUAUAUCGCAUGAUAUGUAUUAGUUAUGUUAGAAUAGGUCGGAUGGAAAUCGUCGGGAAGUCACCCGCAUGAUUUUAUAUGAGACUCUAUGUCCACGAUCGCAAUGAAACUCCAUUUAUUAUACUGACUGGCGAUAGAUGGAAUUUCAUCGUAUCGGUCCACGUAACGCUACGUUUGUAUGCGUGCUGAUGAAAAAUUGCGCAUAAACCAUAAUCGAUACUUGAGCUCACGUAUUGGCCACUCGAGGUUUAGCAAAACCGAUAUCUACCUUCGCAAAAGAACAUAUCGAUAGUUCAUCUUAAUUCAACUUCUAUAAAUACAAUCGUAAUAAAUCUCGGAUAAUGAAUUUUGAUAACGUUAGUCUAUAUAUCUAUAAUAAGAUCGCUAUGAUCGAAUAACUGUCUAUCAUUCGGUUCGGUAAUACAAUUAUAUUCUGAGACGCACUCCUCAUCUCAGACGUUGUAACAAUCAUAAUUUGACAUCUGCGGUUUAACGAGAUAAUAUAUCACGCUAGAGAAGAGCUUGUGAACGCAAGACCGCGUAAUAAUACGAAUACAAUAAGAAUUGAGAUUAAGAUGUACCUCUUCCACCACUGCACGAAAUAAAAAAAAACUGUGAUAUACUUGAAAAAAGAUAUAGAUCAAAAUGACAAGUGACAAACAACGUUUUCUUUCAUAUUUAAUAUUUUUUAGAAAUUGGAUCUUUCUUGUACCAACAGAUUUGUUAAGCGAUUAUUGUUCCUGAGUAAAGUAUAAAUCCAGUAAAUUAUAAACAGAAAUGUGGAUUAUAUAAGGAUUUUUAUAGAAAAUUACAAAUCAGAAAAAUGCUUAAAAAAAGAGAAAGGAAUUAUUAAUCAUAUUCUGUGCAACUAAAAGCAAAUGGAACGAAGCCGUGCGUGUGUGGUGGAACGAGAGGCAACUGAUUAAUUCCUUUGCACGUAGGGAUCGUUUUAUUUAAGUAACACUUUAGAGGAACAGAAUCUCACACAGAAUCUUCGUGCGUUCACGAUCCACGAUCCACGAUUAUCGUGGCUACUAUUGCCGUGAGCAACUGUCGAUCGCGCAUGAUCCGCGUAGGAUGUAUAAUUUCAAGAAGCGAUAAUUUUUGUCCACGGGGAACGCAAGUCAAGCCUUACAAAAAUACUAUCAACGGCAAUAUAUACGUGUACAAUAACGUAUCGAUACGAGUUUAAAUGUAUGCAAUUAUUCAGUAAUAAUGAGGCCAUCGUCAACGUGCCUCGAUAACGUACACGUGGCACUUUGUCGUCACGGAACAAGGAAGGCACCCGCGUACUUGUUCAUCACGAAUCAUUAAUCCGUCGCGGAAUACAUUUAAUUAAUUCGUCAAUAUCAAUAUCUCUCUCUCUCUCUCUCUCUCUCUCUCUGUCUCUCCGUCUCUCUCCCUUGACUUCUCGGUGAUGACAAAAUGCAUCUCAUUAAUUUAUAUCUCAUUUAGAUCGUGUAACAAAUCCUAAAGUAUAAGCGUUCCUUCUGCUUUUUGAUAUCUUGUACUCUAUAACAAUUAAAUGCAACUGCACUCUUAUCAAUUUCGUAUCUAUAAAUAUCAUGUAUUAUAUUUAUAUAUAUAUAUAUAUGUAUAUAUAUCUCUAAUCAAUAUAAUCGUCUUACUGUUAACGUUUAGUCAACGCUGAAACAAAACAGUCUCUCGAACGCCAAUUUACAAGUAGAAAUAACACGUUAGAAUAUGCAAGAGCUUUAAUAUUCCUUCGUCGAGAUAAUAAAAUACGUUAGAAUCUUAACUCUCCUUAAUGAAAUUAUACAUGUAUAUAAAGAUGUUCAAGCAACAUUGUAACUGUAAUAUAUAAGUACGUAUAUACGUAUUGCGAUCGAUGUGAAACAUGAAUUAAUUAAUUAAUUCGGAGCGCUACAUGCGUGGGUGGAAUUUAUUAGAAAGAAGACAGAAUGCAUGAAUCACGUAAUAAACGUAAGUUUACAUAAUCGUAUGAUAAACGAUAAUUGAGCAUUACGAGUGAUGUACGUCCGAAAUUAUUAUACCGUAAAGUCGUACUAUUGGCUUUUUUCAUACAAGUAUAAUUAAUAUAUUACAGAUACCUACAAUUUCGAUAUAUUCUCUCUUGAAAUUUUCUGUUACAUACCAGUACGCGUAUCAGUAGCGUUGAAUAUUUUUUGACACUAUGUACAUGCAUAAAUAUAUAUAUAUAUAUAUAUAUAUAUAUGCGUGUGUGUGUAUAUAUAUAAUAUAUACAUUGAGUACACAGAGUAGGAUGUUCCGAGACAAUCACCCACCAGUUGUCUCUCACCUUUAGGUUUAAUGUGAAAAAUUUAUGAUAAAAGUUUAGAAAAUUAGAUUAAAUACGAAUUGGAAUAGGUAUUUGUAAAACACUAUUCGCAUGAAAUUAAAGAGAAAUUAUGUUUGCGGUAUCUCAGAAUCCCGACGUGUGUGCAUUCAAAUCCGGCAUUCCGACGAAUAAACGUCAGAUGAGAAGCAAAACUGAACGAGUGCCUCAAUUCCUGAAUACGGACGUCGUCCGUGUAAAUGAACUUACGUGAGAACAAACCUUCGUAAGAUUCUGUAGAUCUAAUCGUUAAUCAACAAUAUGUUCUCAAAAGACAUCCUACAAGUCGACACCGGAAAGUAUGAAGAUGAUUGACUCUUUACGCUUAUUCUACGUUUCUAGAUUUAUACUUCGUACAAUAUCUGCGCUUGCGUGGAGCUAAUAAUUACUUCCCGUACUUUCGGAACGUAUCCAGGACAGCAGAGAUUCGGAUACGCGAGCGACCAAGGUACGUAUAAUUUCCUCGAUGCAUUAAUAUAAUCUAAAUUGGAAAUUAAGUACUUUUAAUUUAUUUAAGUAUUAAUUAAAUAGAUCGAGGUAUCCAUUUAAGGAGAUUCGGGUGCUUCAUCGGGGGGAGUAGUGGGACGCGGUAGGAUUCUAUGCUGACUUGGCUCUUUUGAGCCGAUUUUUUUCAAAACGAGGCCAUGAAAAAUUCCAAAACAAUUUACAUAAUUCUAUUUUGCAUUGCAGAACAAUAUAUUAAAUUUUCAUGAGGUUGGCUGCAUUUUUUUGAAGCACCUGAACCUCCUUAAUUAAUUCACACCUUCGCGGAAUAUAUACGUAUCUUUUCGAUCGCUCGAGCGUCCGAAGUCUUCGGGUAUCCGAGUAUAAAUAACUAUAUAAUAACAUUUCCUCUCUUGCAGACGCGUACAACAGAAGUAUACGAAGAAAUACACAUGGAAAGUUUAUAAUUAAACUUUACGAAAUCUUAAGCAACGUAAGUUUCGCUAAUUGUUAUAUCUCGGGGCUCGGCGGUUCUUUAAAAAGAUAUAAAAUACGAUGUAUAAAGUACGGAAUAUAUCUCUUGUCUAUGGAAUUUUUCUCCUUACCUCUCUCUCUCUUUCUCUCUCUUCGCAUCAUUCUUUGCCGCAUACUAAAUGUAUAAAUAGAACAUAGAUAAAACGCGCGAGUAUCCAAACUACGUAAGAGCUGUAACAACGAGGCGCUAAUUUUUAGUUAAUAAUCUACAUGUCGUCUUGGAAUUAUUUUUCUAUUUAAUGGUUUCGACAGUCGCGCGAGACACCAUGCUCCACGUGGAAAGACAAUAUUCGUCAAGAGAUACAGUUUAUUUGAACGACAAAUGUUCGCCCUAAAAUAAAUGUGACUGCAGGUCAUUAUAGAGUGCCGAAAAUCAACACUAGGAAGAUAUCAUUUUUCAACGUACCAUAUUAUAUGUACUGUAGCAUACUGUUAUUUAAUACCAUCGGCGCGCUAAGACUUUAAUUUUCUUAUUUAGAAUACUUUUUAUAGUUAUCUGCGCUCACACACGCGCUCACCACCGUUCACCAUGUAACGUCCCUAUAAAAAAUAGCGGAUCGCAACAGCAUUCGUCAUAGUUUUGUAUAAAAUAAUAUAGCAGCCUUUUGCAACAAUUAAGUCCACGGCAGACAAACGUGUAUUCGAUUUUACUCGCUACGUCGCGAUAGGAAUUCGUGCGCGCGGAGCCGCUCCCCGCGCACGCCGCGCACAUUCUCACGGCAGAAGAAAAAAAACUGAAAGAUAGACACAUCUCGGGGGUAAAAAACAGCGCGAUCUCGUCGCGCGGGGGAAAUAAAAACGGGGGGGGGACGAGAGGGGGGGGGACGGGAAGCGGAAUCUUAGCGUAUUACACACACACUCUGCCGUAUAAAAAAAUCACGCAUGUCCCGCAAUACAAUCCGCGACCGGCGACCGGCCGAUGCGCACGGUACUCCUAAAGGUGUUGAGUGUUGGCACCAUAUUCUUGAACGCGCGAUCUCGCUCUUAACGCAAGUUACGUGAUACUUUCUCCUCGAGUGAGAGAUUGCCGCGCACGGAGCUGCGAGCAGAGUAUCGUAUAAGGUCGAUUGCUGCUCUCGAAAAUAAAAAAAUAAAAAAAAAAACAAGAAAAUACCUAGUGAGAGUAUACUGAAACUAAGUUAUCCCGCGAUCGUGUACGAUUUCGCGCACUUCCAGCACCCGAGAGAAUCCGGAAAGGACUACGGGAUUUAAUUACAUUUUCUCUCGGUGCGCAACACGAUUUGGUAUACUUCUCUCUCUCUCUCUCUCUCUGUCUCUCGUCUUUAACGCUCGUUUGCUGCGUAUAACUCCUACGUACUUAAGUACUUCACACUUACGACAACGUCAUACUGAUCCUCACAGCUACUUUAAUUUGCUCUCUGCGAUCCUUUCUUUGAAAUACCGUCGAUAAUAGUUGCCGUUUUAUAUAUAUAUAUAUAAUUACUGGAGCAAAAGCUAUACUCGAGUAAACUCUAAUAUAUAAUACUACAGUACCUAUGCAUAAUUUCUCGUUCUGUAAAUUUGACCGUACGGUUUUUUUUCAUCAAACGUAAAACCCAUCACUUUGUCGCUCGAGUUGUCUUUCACUCGUAAACUUUCAUACGGAUCGCACUGAUCUAGCAAAAUGUUCCAUGGUGCUUAUAGCGAUACCUCUAAUACGGCUAAUAUUUGUAAUACUUGUAGUUUAUAUCUCGAAAAAUUUGCUUUGCCAUUUUGUAAUUUUAGGAUAAAAUCAGAGCAGUCGCGUCACAUUGCACAUCUUAUUUAUUCCAAUUUACAGAUAUCCAAGGAAUACUCUGUGCGCGCACAGUGAUCUUCUAUGUAAAUUCUCUGUAACAUUUAAAGACGGUAAACUAGCCUUUAAUUACUCCAACUGCUCAGUUGCUUCGUUCGUUCUCUCGUUUUACACCUUGAAAAACUAUAAAAAUUGUACUAAUCGCUAGGAAUCGAUAUAUCCUCCUUAUUGCGCGCGGCCGAGACAUCACACCGUCAACGUGUGUGUAAGACAAACGUUCGUUCGUGAUACAACUAGCUGUCGUGGAGUAAAAAAUAUUUCCAGAAUACCUUUCUACAAGUAAAAAAUCACGUCUUCAUAGAAAAUUAGUUUUACUGCGUGUAAACACCUCUCUUUUCCCUUCUAACAGCGAGUUACAAUUCCUCGAUAACAAAAAAAAAAGAGAAAAAUACGCUUGGAGUUUAUCGUUACGCGAUAUGAUACUUCACUAUUAUAACGACUACUGUUUAAUAAAAUUUUAAAAAAUCCACAGAAAAGCAACGUUUCGAUGUAACUUGUAAAUGUAAACGUAGUCAUUUACACCUUGCAAGAUUGAUUCGAGCGAAAAUCUCUACGAACAAAAGUUAACGCAAAAAAGGAGGAGAGAACGUUACCGUCUCGGUGUAAUUCUUUCGCGAUUGACUUCCGUAACUUCGGUAAGUAACAUUACAAUAACUAAUCUAUAACUCGUUUAGAACGACGAUUAUAGAGCUUGAGUUAAUUUGGUAAUUCUCUUUGUCAUCGAGCGUCAUAAUUACGGGAAAGGAAUGAUCGGUUGCGUAAUACUUGGUAAAUACUUGGUGAACUCGCUACGCGAAGAAAAAAAAAACAAACAAAAC